GGUUGGUUUGACAUCUUUAGCAGGCAAUUCUCCUCGUUCAGUAAAUUCAUUCAACUACUUUUGGAUUUUAAUGUCUCAGCUGAGACUGAUGGGGGCCGUUGUGUAGUCUAAGGGCAGUUAAAGGUUUUCAGUUCCCAGUACUUGACAGUUGUGGAUGCCGUUUUUUAUCCACGUAGGCUACGUAACCUCGAAGCGAGCUAGCUGCAUGUUAGUAAACGAUGCGUCUUUGCAUAGCACGUUUCAUUCAUUUUGGCUAACACUAGCUUUGGCGGUUCACGCUCACCUGACCAGGGUUUGGUCGACUUUAUAACACUAGGUACUUUUUGCUAAUGAAGUUGCGUGACAUAGUUCAGCUACAGUGUGGCUUCGAGUUUCUGUGGAACUGAGAAAUAACAGUUGCGUGUGUCGACCACUUAGCUGCUUUAACGACAGCUACUCCGCAAAGUGAAUUAGGUUAGCAAAGGUAACGUUAACUUUUACCAACUAUCAUGGAUUAUGAACAUAAAGCGAAGACAGUGGCUGACUGCUUGCUGAGCUACAAGAGGGAUGAGUCCGGAUGGAAAGUCUGCAAGAAAUCGAACGACGUGGUUGUGUCUUGGCGUCCCUCGUCAGAGUUCCCUGGGAAUGUUUACAGGGGCGAGGGAAUCGUCAGCGGCAGCCUGGAGAAAGUGUGGGAGUGCCUGAAACCAGUACCCAAUGGGCACAGAGUCAAAUGGGACAACAAUGUGAAAAAGUUUGAGCUGUUAGAACAAAUCACAGAGGACAUCUCUAUCUGCCGAACAGUCACGCCCUCAGCAGCUAUGGGUAUCAUAGCUCCACGAGACUUUGUAGAUGUUAUUUUAGUUAAGCAAUACGAAGAUGGCACCAUUUCAUCAAAUGCCACCAAUGUGAGUCACCCGGGCUGUCCUCCCCAGUCUGGCUACGUAAGAGGAUUCAACCAUCCAUGUGGCUGCAUCUGUGUCCCCAUUUCAGGAGAGCCCAACAAAACCCAGGUGUUCAGCUUCUUCCAGACAGACCUGGGUGGCUUCCUCCCCCGCUCUGUGGUCGACUCGUUCUUCCCAUCCAGCAUGGCCGAGUUCUACAGCAACCUGGCCAAGGCUGUCAAAGCCCUCAAGGACCUUUGACACUAAGAGUUAAGAAAUCCACCUACAAAUAUGGUUUUUAAUUAGUCUCGAAACUUGUUCAACUUGACGAGCGAGCUGGUGUUGGAGGGCUGAGUGAGUAGAAACGCUCCCCAGUCUCGUGGAUGCUGUUCUGUGAUACACGGAGCUCUUACGUGCGCAAGUUUUGAGACAAAUUAAACGCCACAUUUAAACCUUAGGCCUCCUGACUGGUCAGGCCAAAAGUCCAUUCCACAGUCCAAAGUCAACAGCAGUCAGCACACUGAGAUUAUCAACAACCGUUUAAUCCAGAUAGAUCUAAUCCACACUUCAUGUGUAAUGUACCUUCCUAUACUCCUGUGUUACUGCAGGAAGAAUCCAGUAAAUCCUCAACACUGAAAAAAUACAGAGGGCUUCCAUUUAACAAAACCAGUCCGUCUACAUCCCUCUCUGUCGGAGGGAUUUAUUUGCCCUAAUCUAAAUGAUUCCAAUAGAUGUCAAAUCUAUAUUUGUACAUGUGCUAACGGUGCAGAAUAUCUUUCCUUUCUACCAGAAUGACGUGACACCAGACAUUCCUCUUCUACUCAUUGCACACUCGAGUGUGUGCGGUAAACAUGCAUGUUGCAUGGACCUUAUUUACCCUAUGCUGGUAUCAGAUUAUUGGUUUGGAGUUGUCCCUCAUACCUCAUAUAGAUGUUUGUGUACUUGAAGUGUCACAGUUUUGCUCAUCUCCACUCACCUGUAAACCGUGAAUAUAUCAGCUCCACCGAAACACUAAAGCACAGGUGACACAGCCUUUUUAAACAAAGGCAGCUGUUUAGAGGUCAAAUAUUCAAAGCUGCUCCAUUUAGCAGAAAAGUUUCUUCCCCUUUCUUCAUGCCAUUGGUUGCUGAAAAGUAAAUUUCCCUCUCUUUUUCACCAUGAACAGUCCUCAUGCAGGUUUAAGAUUAGAACCAAGUCAGCUGCUGUGACUCAUGUUCAUAAGGUGUGUUUCCAUUAAACACACAGUAUGUAACUUCUGCUGGUAGGAGUCUUUCUAUCAAAACAAUGUGAGUGGUUCAGGAAAUCAAACAGACCUGGUGAUUCUAACCGUUGAAUGAAGCAUUCUCAUAUUUAAAGUCAGUGUUUGAGCGACGCUGUACGGAGGACAGAGACUCAGGGAAGAGCUGGAGCUGAGAUUGAUGCUAACCUUUGUUCUGAUUGUUUCUCUGAUAACUUAUGAAGCAGACGUUCAGCAGGUUUUUACCAGCAGCUGAAUUAUCCACAGAGGUGUCCUCCUCUCCAUAACAAACACACCAGGGGAUUAAAACCAGUAGAAACACCCAGAAAGCAGUUUACCUUUAAAAAGCAGAGAUUCAGCGACGCUCUUCAGUGACACAGGACAGGACGUCUCCAGCAGCUGGGAGCUGAGCUGUCUAACAUUUCCUCAGCUUGUUUCUCUGAUAACUUCAGAUCCAGAUGUCCGAUGACUAAAAUCCUUCAUCUGGUUCAAAUAUAGAGCUGAAAACCACCAAGGUGUCAAAAGUGUAUGUGGCUUAAAACUAGAUAAAAGUCAAUGGCCCAAUCCCAGUGUCCUCCCUCAGAGACUCACAGACUUUGAGGCUUGUUCCCAGUAAGUCCAUGACGGCUUAGUUCUGUCCCACUGUCAAACCAUCCAGAGCAUGAGGGCUCUCUAAAGACAUUUGAGCCCUUUCUGGACACUUUCCAUAAGUCUGCAUUUCUGCAGACUUUGCUUGAGGGAAUUACCCAAAGUUCUUAGUGUUGUGACAUUUAACACAAGGUUACCAUGGUUACCAGGGGAUGCCUGGUAAAAAAUAAGAAAGGAAAAAAAGGUUAACAUGCAUGAGAGGAACAAACCAUGACAUUAUCACACAGAGCUCACUGUGAUUCAGAGCCAGAACUGUGUGUAGUUAUCUGUCCUAUGAUGACAUGAUGAUAAAUUCCAAGUCUGGUUUCACCGGAUCUGAUCCAACAUUUUUAUUUUGUUUACGAACAGGGAGUGAAGGAAGGGAAUAAAGAAUGGAAAAUCAGAAGUUCCAAACCCACAACUAUACAACACAUGUAUUAUGUGAUAUCAAAGUGUCACAUAGUGCUGCCCCAUUCCUCUUUGUUCCGUUUGAGCCGCUGCAGCGUCUCGCAGUCGAUCACUGACCAGGUGACGUGAGUUUAGUCUGUGAGGGUUCAGGGCUGAGGCCUUAGAGGUGACAUUGGGAUUGAGCCACAGCUGAGCUUCUGUCAGACAAACACACUGACAUCAUCAUAGAGGAAACGAUGUCAUUGACAGGCGACCAAUGAAGCGUUACAGUGAAUAAAAUCACAGAUUUCUCUGGUUUGAGAAUUGGUGGAAACAUUUGUGAUAAUGUAAGAACACAACUUAACAACAUAUAGAACACAGGUCUAGAUGUUUUUAGACAUUUUAAUGUGGAAAAGUUACAGAUCAUGACUUUAAAUGUUCCACAGUGUUUCUGCACUUCAUCAAAGUCAAGAACUGCAACAGAUGCAGGAACAUUAAAGACGCUCACCCUGCACCUUCAAACUGACUGUACUAUAAAUAUCCCUGCAGUGUGUCAUGAAACAGGAGCAACUUCAAAGCAGCCUGUUUUCCCUCUAUUGAAAUCAAACGUGGAGAAACACACUAUCGUUGUUAAUCACCUUCUACACAUUGUGGUUGAUAAGAGUUCUGCAUGGGGAAAAAGAAAUGGGAAAUUAACUUGAAGUGUAAUGAGAGGAUUUAAGACUAAGACACAUGUACAAUAAUAACUGGGCAGAGGUCCAUCCACGCUGACCAUUGGCUUUAUUUAUAUCGUGCUGUCUUUUAAUGUUAAGGCUCAUCUUCAGGUUAGACGGACGGGGAGAGACUUCACUCCUCUGUAGCUGCAGCAUCUGGCAGGGAAAGAAAAUCUCAAAUCACGUCUUGUUAUUUUUUUUAUCUUGACAGUUUAAAAGUUGCUAUUGUAAAAUGCUAAAGUAAUCCUUAAGGUUGAAUAGUAACAUGAGUAUUAUAUACAAAAAAGGCAUAUGUAGGUUAUUCCACAACUGCCAGAAUCCUCAUACUGGACUGUAUCAUUGUCAGCUUCAUACACUUUGGUGGAGGAAGAGGAGAAAAUGCUUCAUCUCUGUGCUUUGAAAGACACUGUGUGAGCCUUUCCUUCAUUCCCUCUGCAGUAAGGUUGAAGUGAACCGUUCCUUAAUGAUAAUUUAUACAUUCUCUCACUUUAAUAAUUGGAUUAAAUAUAUUGCUUGAACAUAAUCAGCACUUUAUUCAGAAAGUACUGUAUGUGUCAGAGUGAAGAUGAGCAUCUGAGGCAGUGAAGGCUGGAGGAGAGAUUUGAUUCAUGCUGACAGCCUUCAUGUGUAUGAUAAGCCAUAUAUGGUGACAUGUUUUAACUAGACUUGUUUUAGUAUUAAGAUUCCUUGAAAAAUGUUUUUUCUACUUAACCUGUCAUGUCUUUUUACCUCACAGUGUAGCCAGUAAUCUUAAUGUAAGACCUCCUCGUGUUCCACCAUUUCCAAAAUCAUGUGUGCUUGAGAUGUUGUUUCUUACAUGUGGCUCUAAAGACAUUUUAAUGUGUAUAUUGUUUAAAUUGAGCCAGCAAGUUUUUUUUUUUUUCUAUUUUAAGUGAAAUUGUCUCAAUGUACAUAGAGGUAGCAGCUGUAGUAGAAGAAACACAUAAUUUCAUGAGGAAUUCAAAAGGAAAUGGAAACAAGAGAAGUAAAUCAAGCCUGAAUGACCUUUGACUCCAGGGGUUUAUUCCAGAAAGCGUUAAGAGUUUCUUAACCCUAAGAUGAUGGAAACUCUAGGUUUUCAUUCCAGAGACUGAGAUCACUUAAACUCUGAGUCAGUUACCAUGGUAACUUAUUCUGUGAAGCUAACCCGCUUCCUGGCAGGUUUUCUUCAACAAACCCUGGGUUUCUGUCUGUCUCCACCCCUCCUGCUGUGAUUUAAGAAGCCGACUGAUUGAUCAUAAAAGACGUAAUGUUAGUAAAACAGGUCUUGAGUAACUAACUAAUGUCUAAUGUCUGUCAUAUUUUCAACCAGUUCCUCUGCACCGGAACAUUUACUAUCCAUAACUGUUAAUAGAAAAAGAAAAUCUGUAUAAUCAUUUCUCAUGCUGUGAUUGGUCUCACUGAUGAACAGUCCUGUCAUAGAGAUCACACAUCAGAGGUGAUGUGAUAUUUCUGAGUCAGGAUGAAAAUACUGUAACAUUUAAAAACUGGACUAAAUGUGUUUUAAAAGUGAGUGUUUGAAUACAGGCUGCAGAUAACUCGGUGAACACACUCAGAGUUGAUUGAACUAACUCAGAUUAGCUGUUCUGGAACUGAAAACUCUGUGUCUUAUCUCAAGGUUCAUCAACUCAGAGUUCAGGGUUAGAGUCAGAGUUUGUUAAACCUGCUCUCUGGAAUAGAGCCCUGGACCCCGUCGCCACCUGGUAUUCACAUGUGAUCUGUGACCUGCACUUACUUUUAAUAAGUGUUCUCAAUAUCUCCUCUGCCUGCAUUGUGACUUAUUAACAUGGUGCAGUGUGUCACAGUUUAAGAGAAGCAAUUCUCUGGAGGGAAUCGCCCUGUGACACACUAACUCAGAGUCAUCAGAGCCACAGGGGAGGCCUGAUAGCACUAACGCUAGCUUGGCAAUCCUUGAAGGUCAUGUGACCCUCAUCUUUGAGGUUGCAGCUGCUGUAGCUACAGACUGUUUUUAGUGGGUGGGCUCGUCUCUACCUUUUUGAUUCUUAAGAACAAACCUCCAGGAGCCAGUUUUAUAAAGAUAUAUCAGAGUGGUCUGUAGUGUUGGUCCACUCUUCAUUUUACCCACAGACCAGUCUAAAGUUAGUCAGACUUUCACAAAAAACUAAUUCUAAGACAAAAACAUGAGACACCUUAUCCCCAGUUUAACGCAGGUCUAAGACCAAUGUUCACUUCUCUUUGCAUAACAAUGUUAGCAAACCACAUAUAUGAGUCAUGUUUUCCUGUUUUUCGUUGUUUGGUGCUACUUGUGAGUGCAGGUGCUACUGAUUGUUACCAUAGUAACAUAGUCUUAGGCCUAAGAUAGUCUGGGGGUAAAGUGUCUGUCUUAAAAUGAGUCCAUCUGUAUUUUUAUGAAACAUUCUGACAUCAGACUGAUCUGUGAGCAACAUGAAGGCUGGACCAACACUACAGAGCAGUCUGACAUCUCUGUGUGGAACCAGCCCCUGGUGUGGUCAGGUUGAUCCGACUGCAGUCCACUCACAUGCAGACGAUAAACCUAGAGACAGAUCACAUGUUAAUAGGAGACGGGAAAUGGAAAUGUCUUUUUGCAGCUGAUAGGAAACAUGUUUGAACGGCCACCAAAAAGUUGUGACAAAUCUGUAGAAUCACCAGCAGCUUUCACCACCCUCACCACUAGAGGGCCGUGUUCACUUUCAACUGAACUUCACAGUCUCUUGUGAAAACAGGAAACAUUGGAAACAUAUUUUGCUUGAAAAUUGGCUCAAUCUAAUAAACUCUUUUUCUAUAUAUUAGACUUGUUUCAGAUUGUGAACUAACACUGAGCAGCAUGUGAUUCAGUAUUGAUUUUUGCUUUCUUUGACUGGAGAGACCUUUGACCUGACAACAUCUCACUGAAUCCAGAUUACCCAAUGGUCAAAGAGGAGAACCAGUCAAACUGUUAAACUGUUUUCUAAGUAUUAAUUUGUGACUGUUUGAACACUAAUGAGACCAAAUACCCAGAGUAAAGUUUGUGUUUUGUGAUUAAAAUUCAGAAACCAAUCCAAAGUUUUCUUAUGCACACUGUCCUGGUAACUUGUAAUCCAACAACCAGUUCAGACAUUUCUUCUCAACACUAAUCGCAGGUUGUCCAGAGUACACAAUGUCUGACAACAGAACAGUAACACAACUGAAUACAUGUCAGUUAUAAUUUACUUCCCUAACUGAGAGCAACUGCUGCUACUCAUAACAUUGAGUUUUACAUGCAUACUGUUUAUCAUGUACUGUACUGCACCCAGUUAGUUUUGUAUUUCACCAGCAUUAAAAUGAUUAAGCCUCUUAA